UCAAUAGAACAUGUAAAACGAUGGGUUAAAAGGGGGGAAGUCAGGCCAACCCGGCGUUGUUGGGUGGUCACAUAACACAGAAGCCCCACGUUUUAACCUUCACAUCUCUCUCUCUCUCCCUUCCUCUACUAAAACCCCUCCUCCAUUUGCUCUUCUUUCUCAAUUCCCGUUCUUCUACCUUUCCCCAUCUCCCUCACUCACUCACACACGCAACAAACACGCACACUCUCCAACUCUCUCUCCCUCUCUUCAGUCUGAUAUAACAACUCAGUCACACUGCCUGAAGCUCAAAAAAGCCAACUCCUUUCCACUUCCAAAACGCAUUCUAUUUAUAGCAACCAGAGAACGAAACGAAAGCUCCAAUCUUUUUCCGUGGUUUCUAUUUUUAGCACUUCAGUGAGACACCGUACUCAACAAUGGCUGACCCAACUCACUCAGAGAACGAGUCAAGCUUUAACUCGUCCUCACCCUCUCCAACUUCCCCGUCCUCAUCUGGGUUUUCCCAGUCCAUACCUAACUCGGGUCUAAACCAACUACCGGUAAGGUCCGACUCGCCCGGACCGGAUCAGAAGCGGGCCAAGCGAGCCAGAGAAACCAGCAGCAAGCACCCGGUUUACAGAGGGGUCCGCAUGCGGACAUGGGGCAAGUGGGUGUCCGAAAUCCGCGAGCCCCGGAAGAAGAAUCGGAUCUGGCUGGGCACAUUCUCGACACCUGAAAUGGCCGCGCGUGCUCAUGACGUGGCGGCCCUGACAAUCAAAGGCAACUCGGCGAUCCUCAACUUCCCCGGACUCGCCGGGUCGCUGCCCCGACCCGAUUCGAACUCGCCCCGGGACAUCCAAGCCGCGGCUGCCAAAGCCGCUUCCAUGGAGACUCUAAACCCGCCGCCGCUGCCACCACCGUUGCAUUCGUCUUCGUCGUCGUCAGCAUUGUCACAGUCCUCGUCAUCAUCCUCAAUGGUGGGUACAAGUACGAGCGGGGACGCGGGAACGCCAGAGGAGCUGGGGGAGAUAGUGGAGCUGCCGAGCCUGGGGACGAGUUACGAGUCGGCCGAGUCGGGGAGCGAAUUCGUGUUUGCUGACUCGGUGGAGGGGUGGCUGUAUCCUCCGCCGUGGUGGCACAACAGUUAUUUGGAGGAGGAGUAUGGGUAUAAUAAUCUAAUCAACAGUAUUAUUAGGGAUGAUCAAAUGUUAAUGUCUGAGCCACCAGCUGCCGAGUGUGUUGGAGUCGAGGCCUUCUUGUGGCAACAUUAAAUAUCAACCGUUGGAUCUUAUUUUCUUGUUUGUUGAGUUCAUUUAAAGCCCUUUUUAAUUUUAUUUUUAAUUUUCUUAGGAUA